GGCCGGGACCGAGGCCUCGUGGGCCCGGGACCCUCCCCCUUCCAAUGCCCCUCACUCUCAGGGCUCCCGGAGACCCGCCCGGGGCCCACCACUCCCCGAGGGCCGCUGCCAUCCCGGCCUCUCGUCCCCCGGGCCCGGACCAGGGUAGGUCGGGCAAACCGGCGGCGCUCGGUACGUGAGGCCGAGGCUUCCGUGCGGCCUGGGCGGAGGGAGCAGACGGGAGUUGAUGCCAGAGCUUUUUCUUCCCUCCCGCUCCAGCUCUACGACCCCUGCUGCUCCUGACGGAGCUUAUCCGCCUCGCCCUUCCCCCGAGACCCGAGACCCCCCGGGAAGCCCUCCUGGCGCGGGGGAGGGGAGGGAGAAAGGCUCUGGAGCAACUGGUGUCCGGAGUUGACUCGGGGAGCCGGUGCUGCCCGUUUCUUGGCUUUCUGGGUGAUCAGGGAAGUCCUCCUCUCUUCUCCUGGCUGGAAGCACCUUGGCUUUGGAGAGAAACCCCAGCCUGUUUUUCCCCUAGCCAGGUGCCCAGGGUGUGCGGAGAGGCCCCCUUGGUUCUGCGAGUGGACAUACCUUUGCCGGAUCCCUUUUGGGGUCGUUGCGGACGGAAGAUGAUCUUGGGGAGGGUGGGAUCCUUCAUGUUGCCUUUCUGGGCCUAACUGCCCAUUGCGUCUCUAACCAAGCCAGAGCCCCGCUUUGUGGUAGGGAAUUAGAGGUGAUUGUUAUCUCUCUCGCUCCCCCAAAAGCUCUGUUUUAGCUGACCCUUCCCCCCACCUGAGGGUUCUAGCCUGGUGGUCUGUGACCUAGAUGGUCAGAGUUAACCCCAGGGUGUCACUCUCUCAGAUAACCCUCUACAGAGGUUUCUGCACUGCUCCCUUUCGUGGGUGUAGGGGAAGACUUAUCGUGUUUUCAUAUAUUCUCCAAGGGUUUGUCGGCGAUAGGGGUCAUUUUCCCCUGUGGCAGGAGCAGGUUGAGCAGUAGGAAGAUGGCAUCCAGAUCCGGAACAUGGUGGCAGUGCUGGAAGUCAUCUCCAGCCUGGAGAAAUACCCCAUUACCAAAGAGGCACUGGAGGAAACUCGACUCGGGAAGCUCAUCAACGACGUCCGCAAGAAGACCAAGAACGAGGAGCUCGCCAAGCGGGCCAAGAAGCUGCUGCGGAGCUGGCAGAAGCUCAUCGAGCCUGUGCACCAGAAUGAGGCAACGCUGCGGGGGCUGGCAGGUGCCCCUGGCUCUGCCAAUGGGGGUGCUCAUAACUGCCGGCCGGAGGCGGGGAUGGCCAGCGUGCCCAAGAGCAUCCAUGACCUAAAGAACCGCAACGACAUCCAGAGGCUACCUGGGCAGCGGCUAGACAGGCUGGGCAGCCGCAAGCGCCGUGGAGACCAGCGUGAUCUUGGCCACCCCGGGCCACCUCCCAAAGUCUCCAAAGCAAGCCAUGAUUCCCUGGUCCCCAACUCAUCACCCCUCCCCACCAAUGGGAUUGGCGGGAGCCCUGAGAGCUUCCCAGGCCCCCUGGACAGCAGUGGGCAUGUGGGUCCUGAGGGCAGCCGCCUGGAACACAGUGAGAAUGACAAGCACAGUAGCAAGAUCCCCAUCAAUGCCGUGAGGCCACACACCAGCUCCCCAGGCCUAGGCAAGCCCCCCGGGCCCUGCUUGCAGAGCAAGGCUGCAGUGCUGCAGCAGCUGGACAGGGCGGACGAGACCCCAGGGCCCCCCCAUCCCAAGGGGCUACCUCGCUGUUCCUUCAGUCCCCGGAACUCACGGCACGAGGGCUCCUUUGCCCGGCAGCGGAGCCCAUACACACCCAAGGGCUCUGUGCCCAGCCCCUCGCCACGGCCCCAGUCACUCGACACUACGCAGGUGCCAUCACCGCUGCCGCUGGCCCAGCCAUCCACGCCCCCUGUGCGGCGGCUUGAGCUGCUGCCCAGCGCAGAGAGCCCGGUGUGUUGGCUGGAGCAACCUGAGGGCCACCAACGGCUGGUGGGGCCAGGCUGUAAGGCAGGACCGCCCCAGGCCGAGCCUCUCCUUCCCCGAGCUGGCUUCUCCCCGGAUUCCUCCAGAGCUGACAGUGACGCAGCUUCCUCCGGUGGCUCGGACAGCAAAAAGAAGAAGAGGUACCGGCCUCGUGACUACACAGUGAACUUGGAUGGCCGGGUGACUGAGGCGGGUGUCAAGCCUGUCAGGUUAAAAGAGCGGAAGCUCACCUUUGACCCCAUGACAAGACAGAUCAAACCUCUGACUCAGAAAGAGCCAGUGCGGGCCAACAGCCCUAUACACACAGAGCAGCCCAGGACAGAGCUGGACAAGCCUGAGGCCAAGGCCAACCUCCAGAGCCCCUUUGAGCAGACGAACUGGAAGGAGCUGUCACGCAAUGAGAUCAUCCAGUCCUACCUGAGCCGGCAGAGCAGCCUGCUCUCAUCGUCAGGAGCACAGACUCCAGGGGCCCACCACUUCAUGUCUGAGUACCUGAAGCAGGAGGAGAGCACCCGGCGUGGGGCCAGGACGCCACACGUGCUACUGCCUCCAGGCCCGCCCACCGACCUUCCGGGGCUAAGCCGCCAGGUCACGCAGGACGAUCUGGACAGAAUCCAGGCCCACCAGUGGCCAGGGGUGAACGGGUGUCAGGACACACAGGGUAACUGGUAUGACUGGACGCAGUGCAUAUCGCUCGACCCGCACGGCGACGACGGGCGGUUGAACAUUCUGCCUUAUGUCUGCUUGGACUGACCGGCCCCUCGGCCUCUAAGUGCAUUCCUACCUUGCGUUAGCGGGAGGGUGGCUGGGGCCUGGAAGCCUCCAGUCAUUGGGAGCCCGGCCAGGGCGGGAGGGAGGCGGCAGGACACUCGGUCUCUCCAUGCUCUUCCCUCAAAAUUCUCCUUCUUUUGUGAAAUGCUGCUACCAGUUUACUAACAAAAUUACAAAGGAAGGACCGCAUGGAAGGAAGGCCGGCAAAAUGAGUUCAGAACUCUAUAGCAAACCAGCUAUAAAAAGCAUCAGUCCCCCACCCCAGAAGAGGUGUGGAAACUUCCCAGCACCCGUGAGCUGGGACCUCAGUUGUAGGCAGGCGCAGAAAACCUGUGGGAGAGGUGACCUUUAACACAGUGACAGAAGCACGCAUCUCAUCUACGUUUCUGUUUUUUGUUUUUUUUAAUUUUGCCCUGAGUGUCUGAGGCAGUGGACAAUGCCAUGGCCUCUGUUUGCACCCCACCAGGCCAGUGUUUCUGUCAUUGUGCCAGAAGCUUCUGGGCUAUAGUGAGAUGCUGGCAUUGGGCAAGCUACCAGGCCAGCUAGUUUGACCUACACUCCAUGGGCAUCCACACAUUAGUAUUUGGUUUCAGUUCAAAUCCAGUUUUUAAAGAAAUGCUGCAAAAAUUUAAGUUUCUAGAGUUUAUUUUUCCCCCCUUCCAUCUCACCACCAGCCAAAUUUUCCUUUUUUUCUCUCUUUUCAUUUUCCCAUUCCUGCACAUAUCUAGAAAACUUCACCUUUCUAGAGUUCUGUCCCCAAAACACAAAGUUCCCACAGGUGCUACUGGUGUGUAAGCUGUACUGUUGGCAAGGAGACCUGUCUGUGCGCUGGAAACACUCAUGACCAUUCCUUUAGAUUCGUUUGCCUUAUGGUUAUUGUCAUAACGCGAUUUGCAAAAACAAGGAGCCUUAGUGAAUGUACAGUACCUAGACUUCUGUGUUCUCAGGAUGCAGAAGGGAGCAACUUUGCUAUUUGGUCCAGUAAGUGGACACCUUGUGAUAUAAAUGUGGAAAUAAAAAAAACCAUUUGCACAAACCA